GUAUAUAAAAAACAAACCAAAAUCAAAAUCUUUCGCCGUGCUACGGUACUACAACUACACAGACUAGGGUGCUGAAGCAGGGCCGCGUUGUUGACGUGCUGAUCACCACGACCGGAAAACCGAGGACGCUCCUGCAAGAAGAAGCUUGCUCCGACGGUGAACCUGAGUCUCUUUCGGGUUCUUCUUCCGCUUUAUUUCUUCCUCUUCAGCAAGAAUCUGAAACCAGUAUUACCAAGGCACCGGCUCAACAUUUUGUGACAACUGUGACCAGCAUAGCAACGAACAUGACAACUGGAACAAAAACGUUCAACACGAUGAACGAAGGGUCCGAAGUAGAACCCAAGCAGGUCGUUGAUAUCGUGCAGAAGAACGCCUGCUCAACGGAAAAAGUAAAGGUCGAGGAUCCGUCCACAGAAAAUAACCAGAGCAACCAGCACGCCGGGAACUCGACGUUGCCCCCGCGUAAGGACAUAAUGGGAGAAGUAGGCGAAGAUAAAAAUAGAAUCACCAGUACAACUGCUAUGAUCACCGCUCCAACCCCUUCUCUCUCCGAGAAGGAUUUGGCUUUUGCCGAGGAGUUGCGGAUAUGUAAUGCAAAAUUAUCGUACUAGUAUGAAUCGGAUGACAAAUCUCCUCAGCAUGAGAAAUAAAAUUUGUAAUGCGGAUUUAACUUGAAACAGCAUGACAAUGACUGCGAUUACUACGAGUACGAUACUUUUGCACAGGAUAGCGGACAAAGCUGGUGCUACUCAGCAUCACAACACCGCAGCUGCCCGACAUUUCGGAAGAUGAGGAGGAAAACGAAGUGCAACAUCACGACAGCCAUAUCAACUCGCUGAAGUUCUUGAAGCAAGACAGCUAUUUUAACGACACAUCUACCCUGGUAGAGCCUUUUCGUGGAGUGACUGGAGGGAGUUUCCCCCCGUCCGUUUUUGUAUAUGGGCUGGCAGAUCCCUAGAAGCUAAUGCCUGGAGUUGUUGGUCUUCCACCCCUCUGAGUGGGGUCGGGGAAGGAGCCAGCGCGGACGUAGUCCGCAGGUCUCGCUGGAUAGUUUGCUUUGUGAUGGAUUCACAUCGUUCUCGCGUUCUAAUGAAUGGUAGCUCAUGUGCUCAGAGUGCACCGCAGUGCCAUUCCGCCAUUGAGGGCGCUUCCCAGCGGGGAAGGGUGAUUUAGGAAGGUUGCGUUCUAAUGGAUGGUAGCUCAUGUGCUCAGAGUGCACCGCAGUGCCAUUCCGCCACUGAGGGCGUUUCCCAGCGGGGAAGGGUGAUUUAGGAAGUUUUCGCUUUAAUGGAUGGCAGCUCAUGUGCUCAGAGUGCACCGCAGUGCCAUUCCGCCACUGAGGGCGCUUCCCAGCGGGGAAGAUGGGUUUCAGGAUGGUAGUUGUGCGGCUUUUACAACUAGUAAGUGGAUCAGGAGGUCGAAGUACUAAGAUGCCUACUCAUGGAUAUUUCUGCUUUUCGAGCCCCUGGGGAUAUGGGCUGUUCUUUGUUUUCGCUCCUCAUUAGGGCAGGAUGUUUCACUCCGAGCUCUGGCCCUCAAGCUCGGGGUCCUAGAUGGGCUGGCUGGAGUUUGUUUUUGUUCGCGCUGCUAGGGAAUAUGCGGCAGUGCUGCAGAGCAUUAUGGUGCUGCUCAGGGUGCAAGGUGGGUUUUGCUCGCCCUUCGAUAUGUUGCGGGUUUUUCAACUUACUAGCUACUACUCCGAGUAAGGGCAGGAGGCUCCGAGGCCUCGUUUGGGAAGCCCUGUCGGGGCCAGAUACCUCGCGGUGCUGGUUUUUAGCUUGAGAGCAGCUACUCCCCUGCCGGGUCGCGUCUCUACUCCGUGUUACACCAGAGAAGCUUUGCUUCGUCCUCGGUCUCAGUGGGUCGAUAGUAUAGUUCUGCGCGGGGUUCUUGUCAGCGAGUGUACAAAACCUCCAGCCGGGAGCGCAUGGGUCGACAGCUAGAGGCUUGGCACUUAGGGAUACGAGGUGGCGGGGCUCGCCGCAGUUCUGUUGGCGUUUGGUUUUGCUAGGGUUGGCCCUGUUGACGGCGGUGAGGAUACUUACUCUGUUUCGGAUGCGCGUAUAGCUCGCAUCCCGUUGGGGGCGCGGAGCCAGUGUCUAUUCUAUCCUGCCUGUUGGCCGUUUCGAUAGAUUUUAUUUAGGCUGGGGCCUGGAUCUUUUUACACAUUGGAAGUUUUCCGUUCAGGGGCCCGUAGUACUACCCUCUGCUUCGCUUUGUUGAUACUGCGGUCUAGUGCAUCUCGUUUCGCGGUGGAACUUCCCUGACCUGGGGCAUUUCUGUUUUCGGAAGGCUGGCUAGAUGCCUCACAGCGCUGGCACCUAUCUCGGCGGCUGCCUUUUUCUUUUACUUUUGCGGAUUGGCCUUGCAGUCUCAUCUGCACCACACCAGGGGAGCUCCGCUCUGUCCUCGGUCUCGCCUUGCUUUGGGAACAGGGGUCGUUUGGCACUGGCGGUACCCAAUCCGUUACCCUUGCGAACUUGUUCCCUGGCUGGGGCUGGUGGUUUGGUGUCUCCUUCGUUCGCCCUCUGUUCCCAUCGCGGGGCGGGGCCGAGGUUUUGCUUCGUGGAUGAUGGCCCGCGCCAAAGUUUGUCUGUGGCGCGGGCAUUAUUGUCGCGGGAAGGCCCAGCUGGGCUGGGGUUGAGUAAGGUGCGCUAUUCGUGGCACCCUUGCGGGGUAGCUGGUCGCACUGGGGGUACGGAACUCGUCUUCGCGUAGACGUGCGCGGGGGUCUCCCGCUCGCUCGGGCCUAGUGGCUGAGAGGCCUACUAGUGGUUCUGGUUCCCUUUUUUCUCAUGAUAGGGUUAGGAGUCACGCCAGGCGCGUGCAACGCCUUGGCUUUUGGGUGCUCGCCUCUGAGUUUUGGAUUUUCCUACGAGGACCGUCGGUUUUCUAGCGAGGUCAGCCCGGGUCGAUUUGGAUCGACAGCAGUAUUUUUCAGCCGAUAUUCGGAUUUCUUUCCUUGCCUUCCGGGAGGGGUUGUUGCAGCCUCACGAACGGAUGGGCCUUGGCCGUAGGAGUAGGGCACUUGUCGAUGCUCAGCGUCAGUGAGUUUUCCACAAGCGAAGGUCUGCUCUUUGGUGUUCGUUUGGAGUUUGCCGGACCUGCAGCGGCUGGGUUUGUUUCGGGUAGCUUGCUAUUUUCCCACCCAGACAGUCGCUGGGGGCACGUUGGAGGUGCGACGCUAUUCUUAGGCUUGGUUAACCGGUCGGGAAAUUUUGGCUUUCUGUGUGCCCUAGGGAGGCUACUUCUUGGAAGUUUCGGAUGACCCGCUUGUCUGGUCGAGCCGGCUAGGCUAGGAUAGCUACGUACCGGGAGUGGUCGAGAAGAGAGGCUGUUUGCGUUGUCCUGACGUUAGUCUGUUUAGUCUGCUACUCUUGGAUCGCAUGGGAUUUGUUGCCAUAGUGGGAAGCUAGCUUGGUGCUUGGCUGUUCUAGUCCGUUCGCGUUAGCGCAGUAGUUUGCCACUUCUCGGGGGGAAAUUGCUGCUACUGUUAGGAUGCGAUGUGCUCUACAGCUGACCACGCAACACUUGAGCCUGAUCGGGAAUUCAGGCCGCCCUAUUUGAACCUUGUUUAAGCUAUUCGUCUCACAAUUCAAUAGGUCCCCCGGGGUUGCCUAGCUCUCUCUCGCUCCCCUUCUAGCCUAUUUCGCUGCGUUCACGGUUAUUGCGAUCUGCUCUGCGACGUGGAAUGUAGCCCAGGGAUUAUCCAUGCUCCUCGACUUUGUGUUUGCCGUGAGAACAGCGCUUGCGUUCUGCUCCGGUGGGAGCCUGGUUUUACUGGUGUAGGGUGCUGCCGCUCGGCUACCUCGCGGACGGUUCUCUGGCUCUGCCGCCGGCUACACUUCGCAGUCAAUAUUUUCAGGCGCGUUUGUUGGCCUUGCUUCCCUAGAGGCGAAAAUCGGAUGUCCCUGGUGGGGCUGCUAAGAGGCGGGGUCUCGGUGCUUAUGAUUGGGGGGCUGUAGCGCCAGCCUUGAGGCUGCACUGGAACAGGUUUUGAUUACCCGGCGCGUGGCCUUUUCUUGCGUAGUUUUUCUGGAAGGGAACUAUAGGCGCCUUUUCCGUGUUUUUAGCUUUUUCGGGGAGGCGGACUGUGGGUCAGCAGCGAUGUCUCCUUGUCCCGGUUCAGGAGUUUCCCUGCGGUAGCUUCACAGGGGUUUUGGCCCGGAUGGUCGCGUCAGUAGGUAAUAGUGAGUGCUCGCAGGGGCGAAUGCAAGUUGAGCAAUGGAGUCGAGUUGCGGACUCCGGUCGCCGAGGCUUUUUGCGCCAUCUCUGAGGUCCUGCCCGGCGGGCGUUGUUCGCCUAUGUGGAUAUGUAGCGCAUGCUACGGGUUUUGUUCUGGAGUUUUACACUGUCCCCCUGGGGUCGACGGUUUCGCUAACGCUAUAGGCUAUGCUAGGCCGCCCGGCCGUGCCAGUCAUGAGGACGGUGGAUUUUGUUUUGCCCGGGGCGCGUGCUCCCUUUAGUAUGGCCGCAGUACCCGGGGAACGGGCAUCAGAUUUUCCCCAGGUGGGGGCUCUGGUUUUGGGGCCAUUUGGCAGUAGCCAUCGUUCGGGGGCAAAUGGCCACUCGCCUGGUUGUUUGCUGGCAGGCGGCUUUCGGGCCUGUCUCAAGAUGUUCUCUAGCUGAGUUGCGGGAGGAGGAAGGGCGCUCGUGCGGGUUUUGGGGGUACCUCGUGGACAGAGGUUCUUCGCUUUCUGAGUCUGUAGCUAGUUAGGUCCUUCCCCAGGCCGGGAGGACCCGCCUCUUCGUUUCACCAGUCGGGAACCCGGAGCCCUAGUUCGCCUUUGAUUCCGCGAUUGAUUCUUUUACAUCACGUCCGCUUUCGCUCCCAGGUCUCUUGUUCUUUCUUUCAGAUAGAUCUCAAGGUCCAGGGCCCCACCGGACGGCGUUUCGGAAUUUUGGGGAAUCUGGCCCGGGCAGGGUUGGUUUUUGGAAUUGCUUGCUGGCAUGGAGGGGCGUUUGCUGCAUUGGUUGGUUGCAGAGCAUUGGCGUACUCGGGCUUGGCUCGCUAGUUUCCGGCUGCGCCCGCUAGUGGGGUCUGCUGUUGCUGGGCGGGUCCGUGAGGGACCACUGUUCUGGACGUUGGGCAGGCACUGUGCUUUGUCUGCUUUGUUGGACCCGCUUCGCCUUUGUCAGAGGGGGCACCUAGGGUCGCGUCUCGACGAGGAUUGCUCCUCUGUGGCUGCUUUUCAUUUUUCGCUACUGGACCACAUGGGGUAUGGUAGUUACUGGUUGCUACUGUGCAGCUUCGCCUUUUGCUUUAUUUUCGAUACAGGUGUGGAGCUCUUUUCCUGUUCCGCGGUGGUUUUGUGCCUCUGCAUUUCUGCGUAGGUUGGUCUUGCGCGGCUGUUCGCCCGGCACCGGGCCGCGCCCUCCGUAGCGCCUGGGCCAAUCGCUGGCAGGUGGUCUGCUUGUGACUUUUGGAGUCCGACCUUGUUGUGCACUGCUGCGAUGUUUCCUAGCCCUGUCUCGCCCUCCUUGUGUCAUCGCUAUCUCUGUAUCGCGGGAUUACUACCGGUUUUCUUCUGUGCCGCCGGGCAGUGUUCGUUCGCGCGGGCAGUGCCUCCUGCGUUUGACUUUCGACUGUUAUUGUCCAUCCUGCCGCCGCUUGCCGCAAUUCCGGCCCGCGGUCUUGUGCUAGCUUGCGCAUCGCCAUCAGUUUCCUCCGCCCGUGCCGGCGGGCUUUCCCGGGACGGGAGGUGAGUGGUGUUUUCUCUUGACAUUGAAGGACUUCCUUUUUCGCAUUUUGGGAGUGGCUUUCGGGCUUGUGUUGUAUGUCUUGCCACCUCGCUUGGGUCGAGUGCUUUCUUUUCCCCGGAGGUAUCAAUCCCUUCUACGUUUUGCGGCUCGCCACCAGGGGGCGGCGGAUCGGCGCUUUCUAUACAAUGCUCCUUUUGCGGGAUUUUGGUCUUAGAGUGUAUCACCAUUUGUGUCUAUCUUGGUAUCGAUGGGCUUCCCCUCAGUGGUUUUCCGUGUCGGCUAGGGGCCGUGUUCGAAUUUUGUGCCUUGCGGGCAGUUGUUUCAUCAGGUCCAGGGCGCAGAACCUUUCGCGCGGGUUUUUGAAGUUUAUCAAGAGGACACUACGUGGGAGUUGGGUGGAUCCCUUCUGGGGAAUUGCCUAUUGCUUGCUGCUGGAAUGUGGGGGGUUCGAGUGCUUUCUGUUCCCCGGAGGUAUCCUUUCUACAUUUUGCGGCUCGCCACGAGGGGGUGGUGUAUCGGCGCUUUCGCUGCGUUAUAUCUUGCGCGGGAUUUUGGUCUUAGAGUCCAUCGUGGUGCGUGUCUAUCUUGGUGUCUAUGCGUUUCCCCUCUGGGGUUUUCAGUGUCGGCUAGCGGCCGUGUCCGGGUUUUCUGCCUUGCGGGCAUCUGUUUCAUCCGGUCCAGGGCGUAGACCCUUUCGCGCGGGUUUUUGGAGUUUGUUAGUCAACAGGACCCUAAGUGGGAGUAGGGUGGAUCCCUUCUGGGAAAGUGCCUCGCUUUUUCGGGAUGUAACAGCCACUGAUCCGGGUUGACUUGAAGCUGCUACCGCUUCAAGCAUUUUCCGGCAUGGAAAGUUCUGCGCUGCGUGCGCUCAUUCUAGGCCCGGUUACCGGGGGGCAGGGAAAUAACGCGGUCUGCGUGCCCGUGGUUGCGAGUUUGGGUUGCAGCUGCGCUUGCUUUGCAGGCUGUGUUCAGUCUGCUUUCUGUCUUCCCCUUGGGGGCAAGUGGGGCUGGGGCUGGCGCUGUUCCCCCCAUUCAUCCACCGGUGGUGGGGUUCUGGGGGGUCUUGCCCUGGGGGCCAGGUGGUGGUGGAGUGGGCCGCUCCCCGCUACGGAAGCUGGGCGCGGCCUGCUUGACCCAGCCCCAAUAGGCGCGGUCCAACGGGCCGCUUGGGUGUGUGCUCUGGAUAACACUCGGAAGGAACGCAACGAAAAAGAUCCCCUCAACGUUUUCCCCGUCCUCUCGCGGCUUUCCUGCGGUCAGUAGUAAAGUCGGCGCUACGGGAGCGGGAAUGAACAUGUUGAACUCGUCCCAAAACCCGUUGAAGCUGCACGUCGGUGAAAACAAGAAAUUGGAUGUGAAUAAGUUGUGCAAGAAGUCUUUCUCACCACCUCCUUCUUUCAACGUGCCAGUAGAAAGUCCCAUGUCAUCAAUCUACGAUAAUAAGUCUGCUGAUUUCCUCGUGGAUAGUCAUAGUGCUAACCCGGAGCAGAGAAUCAACAAGGGGCAAAGGGACGAUGAGCAAGGACUUUGCUACAGCAACUGUAUGUACAACGCCCGAGAUGUUGAUGAUGAUGACGGUGGACUACUACAAGAAACCGUAAUUGACACGACGACCAACAACACCAGCAAGAACAUUCGUCGCCUGGUACAAAAUUCCCUGCGGACGAGUGGAAAUGUUGGUCCCGAUUAUACCGAAAACGAUGAUUUGCUACACUCUAACUUCUACGCGACGACCUCCUCCUCGUGCAACAAAAGUAGCGGAGAGCAGGAUGAGAACAGCAGUUGUACGACGGGGACGCAGCUGCAAAAUGAGCAAAGUACGAACGACCCCGUGAUGUUUUCGACCGCGUCGCUGUCCACUAACAUUCCAAAAUUACUCGAUUUCGACGAAAUCAGCUCCGAGAAAGCGUACCGGUCGAAAGCGUAG